AUGAAUAAGCUUUCUGCAUUGAGAAAUGCUUGCACUACUACUAGCACUACUGCUACUACUACAACUACGACAUUUGUGCUUCUCUGCAUUUUAUUCUUGUGUCCAAGUGCAAGUUUUGGGGAAGGCAGGAAGCUUUAUGACCGGGGACCUGUGUUUAAGAGGUACGAAGAGUGGCUAAAAAAGUAUGGACGAACCUACGCUAAUGGAGAUGAAUGGGAGAUGCGAUUUGGGAUAUACCAAUCCAAUGUCCAAUAUAUUGACUAUAUCAAUUCUCGGAACCUUUCUUAUCAACUCACUGACAAUCAAUAUGCAGACAUGACCAAUGAGGAGUUCAUAUCUACCUACUUGGGUUAUAAAACUCGCAGUCUUCAAAGGGAUGGACAAAAUUUUACGUCUGACCCAGUUAAGUUACCAGCCACUGUCGACUGGAGAAAGCAGGGCGCUGUGACUCCAGUCAAGGAUCAAGGUGCUUGUGGAAGUUGUUGGGCAUUCUCUGCAAUUGCUGCUGUGGAAGGAAUCAACAAGAUCAAAACUGGAAAGUUGGUGUCUCUGUCAGAACAGGAGCUUGUGGACUGUGAUUACAACAGGAAUAAUGAAGGUUGUAAUGGUGGAUUCAUGGAUAAAGCUUUUGAGUUCAUUAAAGCAAAUGGUGGAAUUACCACCGAAAGUGACUAUCCUUAUAAAGGAAAAAGGGACAAAUGCAACAGAGCCAAAGAAAAAGAUCAUGCAGUCACAAUCACCGGCUAUGGGAAAAUACCCAAAAGUAAUGAGCUUGCCCUUCAAACUGCAGCUGCCAAGCAACCAGUAUCAGUUGCAAUUGAUGCUAGCGGCUUUAACUUUCAACUGUACUCUAAAGGAGUCUACUCUGGCUAUUGUGACAAGAACCUUAAUCACGGAGUAGCUGUAGUUGGCUAUGGAGAAGAAGGUGGCAAAAAGUACUGGCUUGUAAAGAAUUCAUGGGGCACUGAAUGGGGUGAAGCUGGUUACAUCAAGAUGGAACGUGGAACCAAAGACAAGGAUGGUCUAUGUGGCAUUAAUUUGGAAGCUAGCUACCCUGUUAAGCAAUCUUGA